GUCACUGCCACGUAGAAAAUAAACUGCACGCGUGUCGCUGCAGCUUCUCCAAACUUUUCCCAACAUUUCACUUACCUGUUUUGUUCCUCAGUGAGGUGACAGUGUGGCAGCAUGCUGACGGUGCUCGCCUGGCUAUGCUCCUCCAUGCUGCUCUCCGUCAGCGGGGGGAAGCUCCCUGAAGCCGAGGUGGAGAUAGAUGUCCUGCACAGACCCUUCCUCUGUCACCGGAAAACUAAGUACGGAGACAUGCUGCUGGUGCAUCAUGAGCUGUACUUCGAGAAUGGGACCAUGUUGUACACCAGUCGAACUGAUGGUGACCGGCACGCCAUGUGGUUUACUCUGGGCAUCAUGGAAGUGCUUAAAGGCUGGGAUAAAGGCCUGCAGGACAUGUGCUCUGGAGAGAAGAGGAAACUGGUCGUCCCUCCUGCCCUGGCCUACGGGAAGGAAGGGAAAGGUAAGAUCCCUCCUGAAAGCACGCUGACCUUUGUCGUCGAGCUGCUUAACAUCAAAAAUGGACCGAGGUCUCACGAGUCCUUCCAGGAGAUGGACAUCAACGAUGACUGGAGGCUCUCCAUGCAGGAGGUGAGCGUGUAUCUGAGGAAAGAGUUUGAGCGCCACGGCUACCCUCCCAACGACACCCUGCAUGAGAACAUGGUGAAGGACAUCUUCAACAAAGAGGAUGCGAACAAAGACGGCUUUAUAUCCUCCCGAGAGUUUACUUACAAACACGAUGAACUUUAAAUUCUCACACACUCGCUCAGUGUCAUGGAGUUUAAAGUGAUUUGUGGUUGAAAUACUUUGAUGCAGAGCUUUAUUUCCAGCAUGAAAGUAUGUAUAGGAGCGUUGUGUGAGCCAAUGGGUGUGUUUAAUUGAUGUCUUUUUUAUUUUGUAUGUUUUGUUAAUGUGUUUACAAUAGUCCAUUACACACUUUUUAAGAAUGUGUUCAAAUGAUAUAUGCUUAUCAGUGUCACCAAAUAUCUGAGGAAAAGCAGGAAGUAAAUGCCUUUAACAGUGUAUCCAAAGUAUGUAGAUAACAGUUGCUAAAUUUGGCUGUAAAAUUCAAUUUUGGGGGAGAAAUUGUAUUUAUUUCCUUUCCUAAAAAAAAUUACAUCAAUUUAAUUUCACCCUUUGUGGGUUCAUAAGUAAAGGGACUGUUUUUAUACCUGUAUACAUUUGGCAAAUAAAUGCGUCCACUUUAUAGAAGAAUUGGAGUAAAUGUCAUUAAAAUCAGUCGUAUGAUAUUGAUUGAAUUGUGUUUAGGUUCAAGGGGCAGGAAAAUGUGAACUUUGGUAUUUGUUGUGUCUAAGGAGCAGUGAAAUGUAUUGUGUAUAGGGCACUGAUGAUCAUGAGUUUUCCAUGGCAACCGUGAUGACUUGACAUAGCAGGAAAAGCAGGUGUAACCGAGAACAUAAUGGCUCAGUUUCAUUUUCUCUGCGUGUUCCCAGCGAGCCAGUAUACACAAUACUCAGGUCCUGGCACAAAGCAGCCAUCGUUGUUGUUAUAAGAGACACCUGUUUGACAGGUGACAGUCGCUGUGGGAAAGUGCACAUGCAUACACUGCAGUGUCAAUGCUGAAAGAAUCAAUAUUUAAAAUUCUGAAACAUACAAUUAUCUCUGCACGCUACUAUCCAAGGUAAAUCGUCUGAAAUGACAAAGUGAGAUAAACUGUACUUUGUUGUUUUUACCAACACGCUGGAGGCUGUUUUCCAAUAUUGCACACACGUCUCAAACCACCGAAUGUUUCCACAGUGUCGACUUUAAUCUAGACUGUCCAGUUUUUUUUUUUUUAAACAUGUCAAGACUAAACUCAUUAUGAAAAUGUAUCUUCUAGUCAAGGCAUAUUACAAUUUUCAGUUUUUACAACCAAUGAGAUCAAUAAAAGUGAACUUUCUAAAACAAAAUACUGUGGUUUAUUUGGUUUUCACACCUUGUAACACUUUACACAUUGAACCAGCAGGUGGCACUGUCUUCACAGGUGUUAGUAUUGGUUAACACAGGGAGGAAGGUAACACUACACCUCAUUCAUUAUGUAUUCACAACAGAGAAACCAGAUGCAUUCCCAUGAUUAUUAAAUGUCUCGAUGCAUUAGUUACUUAUUAAAAUUAAACACAAAGGAGAGCACCACCAUAUGUACAACGAUAGAUGAAAUUGCAUAGCCAAGUAGUCACCUGCAAUUUUGUUGUUCUCAUUGAGGUUAAAGGGGCCCUAUUUCAGGUUCAUAUUUGUAUGUUAUGCCUCUACUGUGACAUGUCUCCAUGCUUUAAUGUUCAAAAAGC